CUCCAAUCUUCAUUCACCAAACACAUUUUCAUUUUCCCUCUCUUCAUUCCUUCGCCCUCUUCAAUCGUCCCGCGCAAGCUUCUCUGAGAAUCUAGGGUUUCGGCAAUGGACUCCACCGCCACAGGAAAGGUCAAGAAGGGCGCCGCCGGAAGGAAAGCCGGAGGCCCCAAGAAGAAGUCAGUUUCCAGAUCGGUGAAGGCCGGUCUCCAAUUCCCCGUCGGAAGAAUCGGACGCUACCUGAAGAAGGGAAGGUACGCUCAGCGUGUUGGAUCUGGUGCUCCUGUGUACCUUGCUGCUGUUCUUGAGUAUCUCGCUGCUGAGGUGCUUGAGUUGGCUGGAAAUGCUGCUCGUGACAACAAGAAGAACAGGAUUAUCCCGAGGCACGUUCUUCUUGCUGUGAGGAACGAUGAGGAGCUUGGGAAAUUGCUUGCUGGUGUGACCAUUGCUCAUGGUGGUGUUCUUCCCAACAUCAACCCUGUGCUUCUGCCUAAGAAGACUGCUGAGAAAGCUCCUAAGGAACCUAAGUCUCCAGCGAAGAAGGCUGCAAAAUCUCCCAAGAAAGCUGCUGCUUAGGUUGAAUUAGGGUAGAUAAUAUUGGGUUAAAUUUCAGUUUUAGCUUAUUACCCCUUUUGUUUCUUCUGUAUAUCGAUGGUUAGAAGAAAAAAAAUGAUCGAUGCUUUUGGUUUAUUGUAUCACAGUGUUGCUUUAACCAGUUUCACUCAUCAAUGAAACCAUCUUGUUUUUUGGUUA